AUGCGCGGGACGUGCUUGGAAGGGCUAUGGCAUACAGAGCUGCUGUCAUGCUACCUGCGCUGCGACCGCUGUGGGCUGACCAAGAAAGAGAAAGGCUGGCGAUGGGAAGCCGGUUGCUGCCCGCACCGAGAUGCCCACGGCUGCCCAGGGCAGCUGUCGCUGGCAAAGAGGGCGGUUCCCGCAUGCUUCGAUUUAACGGAGUGGGAGCGGCAGACACGCUCGGACUGCUACUGCCGCAGUCUCCGAUAUUUGCAGUGCGACAGCUGUGGCAUGGUGCGACGAGAGCAGGGAUGGUACUCCCCAGGGGCUCAGUGCGAUCAUCACGAUACAUUCGGUUGCCCUGGUCGGAUGCAUCUCGCUGGAGGUGGUGACUAUACCUUCGCAGCUUUGCAACCGUGGGAGCAGUGGAUGCAGACGAAGUGCAAUUGCAUCGCCCCGGCGGUGAACCUGCGCCUGUGCUCCAUUGCCGGGGAGGUUCGGGAAGUCGGUGUUCGGGACGACUGGACCAUGGCUCAGGUGAAGCUGAAGAUGCAGCAAGUCCAUGACAUCCCGGCAGACCAAGUGUGCUUGAGUGUCGGAGGGGCCAUUCUGCAAGACCGGUGCCUUGUGAGCCAACUUCAACUCAAGGGUUCCGAGACAGUGUCUUGGGUGCGCAGGCAUCCAGAGGUGGCUCUGUGGCUGAAGCUCGUCCAGCAGGACUGGCAGAACGUCCGGACUGCUCCGGAAGUAGCCCGCAAGUCAGCCGAGGUGAUGUUCGAAGUGAUGCGUCAAUCGCACGAAGGGCUGCAGCAUAUGGACACCGAGCUGCUUCGUGAUGCGUACUUCCUUGGUCAGGCCUGUGAAAUGCGCGGCUUCCCGGGCUCGGACGUGCUUCCGCAACGGUGGUUGCAAGAUGUCGUGGAUGUGUUGCUGCUCCUCGCCUUCGCCGCAGCGACAAAGGACGAGGGUGUCUCUCAAGUUGCAUUGACCUGCGCAGCCCUUGCAAAGACCAGCGCCUGGGACUCUGUGUCCUUGGUUGUGACGCUGGUUUCCAAGGUCGACCUUGCAGAAGCCAUCAGGUCCAGCCUCUUGGACAGGCUCCAGGGGCUUCCUCCAGAAGCCUUGGCCGAGGGCUUCAACGACUGGGCCGUCGAAGACCUCGGCUUGGCCUUGCUGUUGCUUGAGGCUCACAAAGCUGCCAGGGAGAACCCUGCCCGGUUCCGUGCGCGUCAAGACGGCCACUUGAGGCGCUUGCAUAACAUGCCGAAGAGGAAUUGGGGGCAUCAUGAAUUCGCUGUUCAAGUCUUCGUCGACCAUGAGGAUCGGCUGUCAAGUGCGGACUUUGAACGAUUGCUGCGCCACAUGGUCUUCAACAUGCUGCUGCCUGAAGAAGUCUUUCGGCUUGUCCCGGCAUGUCUGGCCCAUGCGCAGCCUGCAGCGGCUCGAGAGCUUUUCGUGUUCGCCGCCAACACUGAUGAGACAGAAGCUAUCCGGCUCAUGCUGAAGACAGAGCUCCCGCUGACAGCUUUGGAUGGCAACAUGUCCGACGUUGCACGCGCUUCCAUUUUCCAUGCAGUGAUGUCUGAUUGGGCGCCACAUGGGUCGCGGGAUAUGGCUGCCCUGCUCUCCUGCAUAGAAGAAGAUCGCCGGCACAUUCAGCAACUUCUCGCAUGGGCUCGGGCGACUAAAUGCGUGGCCAUUGCAGGGAACCACCACUUGGAGGAUGCCCUGCUGCUUGCCCUGGCGAGCAGGGUGGAGGUCGGCUCUCAGCUCCUGUGCACUCUGGCUGCAUGUGGUGUCCUACCCGGUGCUUUAGCACCAGAGAUUCCCUUGGAGUGGCUGGGACACUUGAGGGCAGUCCCUGAAGGCAGGCAGGUCGUCGCGCAAGGGCUCCUGGCACAGUUGGAGCCUUGUGAAGACGAGCAGCUAGUCCAGCGGAUGCGCCGUUUCUGGCAAUUCGAGGUGUGGUCGGAGGUGGAUGGCAGCACUUGCGAAAGAGCCGUGAGAUUGCUUUCCAGGUUCUGCCAAGCCGAGCAGGGCCCCGCCACGGUGGUUUUUGCUUGCAAAGUCCUGCGUGGGCUGCCCUUAAACGAGCUGCCCGGAGCCGAGCUUCUGUAUGAGCCCUCGCUACCCGCUCAAGCGAUUGGGAUCCGUGCGGAGCAGCUUGCGCAUGUCCUGGCCGACGAAGCCAAGCAAGCUGCAAAGGGAGCUCUCGAGAAGGCUCACGAGGCUCUGCGAGAGGCACAUAGAGCCCUACGCCAGGCCGAACAAGCCCACCGUGGGGCGGAUGGAACGCGAGACUUGGCACGCCAAGCUGUGCAGACGGCGCUGCGCGGCGAGCAGCUAGCGCUGCAGGCGCUCGAAGCGACGAGUAGCAUCAUGAGGCGCUACUGA